AUGAUGUCUUGUAAUACUCUCUCUUAAGCAUCUUCCGACUCCUCUCUCUCUCUAAAGCUGGUAUCUCUUUCUCUCUCUAAGGGAACGAUGUCGUCGGACGACGAAGGAGGAGAAGAGUACCUGUUUAAGAUAGUGAUCAUCGGCGACUCGGCGGUUGGUAAAUCCAACCUUCUCUCUCGGUACGCCCGAAACGAGUUCAACGCCAAUUCGAAGGCCACGAUCGGCGUCGAGUUCCAGACUCGGAGCAUGGAGAUCGAAGGUAAGGAGGUCAAGGCUCAGAUUGGGGAUACGGCGGGUCAGGAGCGAUUCCGAGCCGUCACCUCCGCCUACUAUCGCGGCGCUGUCGGAGCCCUCCUCGUCUACGACAUCAGCCGCCGCACCACCUUCGAGAGCGUCGGUCGCUGGCUCGAUGAACUCAAGACUCAUUCGGAUACUACAGUAGUGAGGCUGCUGGUGGGCAACAAAAGCGACUUAGAAAAUGUAAGAGCGGUGAGCAUGGAGGAAGGGAAAGCCUUAGCCGAAUCUGAGGGACUCUUCUUCAUGGAGACGUCGGCUCUGGAUUCAACUAACGUCAAGAGAGCUUUUGAGAGGGUUAUCCGAGAGAUCUACGAUAACUUGAGCCGCAAGCAACUCAACUCCGACACAUACAAAGCCAAACUGACCGUGGACCGGGUAAGUCUCGUUAAGAAUGACAAAGAUGGCUCCAAACAAGGCUUCGGGUUCUCUUGCUGCUCCCGUUGAUGCUGUUUGCUUCAUUUGUUUUUCCUUUCUUAUUUAUAAAUUUUGAUAUGCUUUGUUUCUUUUUUUAAAACCUCAUAGAGAAGCCCAAUUUCAUAAUUAUAAUUUCGAGUGACAGGAUUGAUACCAACAUCUGUGUUGUAUUCUUGUAUUUAAAUCAAUGCAUUAUAGUUUUCCUUGUUA